UGGCUGGGCAGCCUGGCACAUCAUGCAGCAGAGCUACAGGAUGCUUCACCAGACAGAUGGACUGUCCCUUCAAUCUCCUGUCAGACCCCUCAGUGUUCUGGUUUUCCAUCUUCUCCUGACACACUCCUGUAGAGGCAACUCCUACACAGGUGCUAUCAGAAGCUCCAAUUUAGGCUUUUUUAUCCAAUAUAAUUACACACACAGUAUCAUUACAUCAUUUAGGCAGUUUAUGCUAUUAAAGGGAAGUUAUUAUAAUCCAAUACACCUUUUGUUAAAUUCAGCAAAAAUUUCCUCAAGAUUCACUAGCUCUCCAUUUUGUGGAGCUUUGAAAAAAAAAAAACAAAGAAAGUGGUGUGGACCUUCCCCACAACAUUAUUUCACCUAAUUCAUAGCUUUCACGUGAUGUCACAUUCCAAGAAAAAAUGCUCCCUUGGAGGGCAAAAAAGACGUUAUUUUCCGCUGCCCGCCACCCAAGAAGCAAGUGAUACACUGUUACUUUAAGUUUGUCAAAGUUGCGUCGCCAAAAUGCCGGAUGGUUGUGCUUUUGGGUGCACUAAUCGAUGACGAUUCAAGCCUGAGCUGUGUUAGGUGAGGGAUUCCCUAGAAGGUAAACAUCAUCACAGUCGAGCGCUGGCAGGGACCUGGUGGUUUUUAAUGGUGGAAAUAUGCUGUAACACCAAAAUCUAUGACCUAUCAGAUUCUGUGACUAUGUUUUCCUAACCAUAACCAAGUACUUUUGGUACCUAAACCCAACCAAACUGUAAUCGCUUCACAUCGUCCACAAAGCCUCAGGCGCUUAACUUGCCAUUUGGGUCACAGAAUCUGAUAGGUCACAGAUUUUGGUGUCACAACGGCAGCAGGUGUUGUAUCCAUAUAUAUACAUAUAUGUUUUUCUUGAGUUGAGAAGUGAUCCAAAGAAAAUUUAUGUCGGUCUUUUGUUUUGCCCUCCAGGUCACCGCGCAUGUCACGUGACUGAAAACUAUGAUUUAGCAUCAGUUAGUACUCGAGCACAGGAGCAGUGAGAGAGAGAUGUACAACUUCAGUUGCUCAACAGCCCGGGGUCUCCGUUGUUCAUAAUGUGCCACACAUUUUCAAUGGGAGACAGGUCUGGACUGCAGGCAGGCCGGUUUAGUACCCGUGCCCUUUUACUACGAAGCCACGCUGUUGUAACACGUGCAGAAUCUGGCCUGGCAUUGUCUUGCUGAAAUAAACAGGGACGUCCCUGAAAAAGACGUUGCUUGGAUGGCAGCAUAAGUUGCUCCAAAACCUGUAUGUACCUUUCAACAUUAAUAGUGCCUUCACAGAUGUGCAAGUUCCCCAUGCCAUGGGUACUAACACACCCCCAUACCACCACAGAUGCUGGCUUUUGAACUUUGCUGUUAACAAUCCGGAUGGUCCUUUUCCUCUUUGGCCCGGAGGAUAUGACGUCCAUAAUUUCCAAAAACAAUUUGAAAUGUGGACUCGUCAGACCUCAGCACGCUCUCCCACUUUGCGUCAGUCCAUCUCAGAUGAGCUCGGGCCCAGAGAAGCCGGCGGCGUUUCUGGGUGUUGUUGAUAUGUGGCUUUCGCUUUGCAUGGUGGAGUUUUAACUUGCACUUGUUGAUGUAGCGACAAACUGUGUUAACUGACAAUGGUUUUCUGAAGUGUUCCUGAGCCCAUGUGGUAAUAUCCUUUACACAUUGAUUUCAGUUUUUAAUGCUGCCUGAGGGAUCGAAGGUCACAGGCAUUCAAUGUUGGUUUUCGGCCUUGCAGCUUACGUGCAGAGAUUUCUCCAGAUUCUCUAAAUCUUUUGAUGAUAUUAUGGACCGUGGAUGAUGAAAUCCCUAAUUUCCUUAUAACUGUACGUUGAGAAACGUUGUUCUUAAACUGUUGGGCUAUUUGCUCACGCAGUUGUUCACAUAGUGGUGAACCUCACCCCAUCCUAGCUUGUGAAUGACUGAGCCUUUCAGGGAUGCUCCUUUUAUACCCAAUCAUGACACUCACCUGUUUCCAAUUAACCUGUUCACCUGUGAAAUGUUCCAAACAGGUGUUUUAUGAGCAUUCCUCAACUUUCCCAGUCUUUUGUUGCCCCUGUCCCAGCUUUUUUGGAACAUGUUGCAGGCAUCAAAUUCAAAGUCAGCCUCAGCUGAUUGGUCCAUCUCAGCCAAUUGUGGCAACACUUGGUGAUGACAUCAUUUUGCCAUGUCAUCUGAAACCUGCAGAAGAUGCUUCUGGUUUGACGUUGGAGUGGACGAGACCUGACCUGAACCCCAGAUUUGUCCACGUGUGGCGUUCUGGUCAGGAGCUUGUGGGUAAAAAACAUCAAUCCUUCGAGGGAAGAACGUCACUCUUCAUCGAUGAGCUGAAGUUUGGAAACAUCUUGCUGAAACUCUCCAAACUGAAACUCAAGGAUGAGGGAACAUACAGAUGUUUUAGUCCAGCACAGGGGCUGCAAUCUUUUGUUCAGCUGAUUGUUGGUGCUGUCUCCUCACCAGUCAUAACUUUAGCAGGAAUUGUUAAAGCCACCAGUGGAGUGGUGUUACAGUGUGAGUCUGCAGGCUGGUAUCCAGAGCCUGAGGUGUUUUGGCUGGACGGUGAGGGAAACCUCCUCUCUGCUGGACCUACAGAGACAGUCAGAGGUCCUGAUGACCUCUAUACUGUCAGCAGCAGAGUGACUGUGGAGAAGAGACACAGCAACAGCUUCACCUGUAGAGUCCAACAGAAGGACAUCAACCAGACCAGAGACACUCACAUCCAGGUUACAGAUGAUUUCUUUGAGGUCCAGUCCAGUUCUCUGUCCACCAUUAUUGGUUUGGCUGUUAGUUUGGCUGCUUGCAUCCUGUUAAUGUCUGCAGCGAUUGUCUUUUUUGUGUACAAUUGGAGACAAAAUGAACUCAAGACCAAGAGAAGCUGCUGUGAUGGAGAAAUGAAGAACCUCUCUAAAAAUUACAAGUUUGUCGCUGAAGGAGAAAGAGAGCAACAGCAGCUCAUGACAGUUGAAACAGUGCAAAUGAAGUUUUUGAACAAUGGAGAAGGAAAAAAGACCAAACAUAAAGUGCCAGACUCUGAGAGUUCUCAGUCUCGGCAGCAGGACGGUACCAGCUCAGCCGGUCAGAGCUCAACAGCAGGACAUGUCAUUGUGGAUGAGGUUGACAAGUCGAGGAAAUAUAUCGGUCUCAAAAACACGUCUAGUGAGGACCAAGAACUGGGAGGCUGGACGUUAAAAGUACAAGUCAACGACAGAGCACCCAUCUCAUACACAUUUAAGAAACCACUGAAACUCAGUCCUGGAAAAAAAGUCAUUUUGUUGUUGGCCUUUGCAUUUUACAGAUGUGGGUUCAAGGAUGUGGGACAAAUUAUCCUCCCUCUGACCUGGUGUGGGAUGACCUGAAGUCCUGGAGCCCCAAAGACAAACUGCAGUUCUUCCUCAUCAGCAACACUGAAGAGAUCCAACAUUUCUCAGUUCAUAGUCAAUGAAAGACAAUAAUUAUCCAGCUGUCGUACUUUUUUAUUUUAUCUUACCUUUUUGAUAACUACAAUAAUCACUCCAUUUAGCUUAUUUUAUCACCAACAUGAAAGGACCAUGAUAAAAAGUUACCAUCACACGAAAAUGCUGAACCGUAAAUAGUGCUGUAAUCCAGCAAACCUGAAAACACUGAACAUUAAACAUCAGGAACAGCACGACUCAGCACGACUAAAAACACAUGUUGUAGUGACGUCCAGUAAACACGAGGUCACAUCACGUCCUGAUCUGGAAUCAACAAAAUGAGACCUUUUUUAUUAAUGUUGAAUCAAAUCUUAUUACAUUUUUCUUCCUCUGGUAUUUUCAACAAUUCAGAACACUUUUUUUCUGAAAGCUCUGAACUCAAGACAAAGACUAAAAUAAUUUAAACUCUACACCAAAGUGUGAGUUUAUGUAACACAGAAACCUUUUUAUUUGUUUUUGCUGGAUUGAACAUUUAUAUUAAAAUGUAGAGAUUUUUUUGUUAUUCUUUGUUUCCUGUCAAUUUAGGACUCUCCGUUCCAUGUUUUUGUAAUAAAGACAUAAAAUGCCAUAAAUUCUUGUUUGAUUUAAAAUAUUUGGUUUGAGAAACAUCAACAAUCAUCCAAAUGUUUUUUUUUAUUUUUUAGAAAACGUUUUAAUAUAUAAAUAAAGAUACAAAUUUGUAUUUA